UCCUGCACAGCCAGAGAGGAGCCGGGGAUCCCCCACCUGCACCCUCACCUGCCAUGGCCGACCAGUUGACAGAGGAGCAGGUGGCCGAGUUUAAGGAGGCCUUCUCCCUCUUCGACAAAGACGGGGAUGGCAUCAUCACCACCCAGGAGCUGGGCACCGUCAUGCGGGCCCUGGGUCAGAACCCCACGCAAGCUGAGCUGCAGGGCAUGGUGAGUGAGAUCGACCAGGAUGGCAAUGGCAACGUGGACUUCCCUGAGUUCCUGGGAGUGAUGGCCAGGAGGAUGAAGGACAGGGACAGCGAAGAGGAGAUCCGGGAGGCCUUCCGCGUGUUUGACAAGGACGCCAAUGGCCUGGUCAGUGCAGCUGAGCUGCGACACGUGAUGACCAGGCUGGGGGAGAAGCUGAGUGACCAGGAGGUGGAGGAGAUGAUACGGGCUGCGGACGUGGAUGGUGACGGGCAGGUCAACUACGAGGAGUUUGUCCGCAUGCUGGCCUCCAAAUGACGGGCUGGCGGGGUGCUGCUGCACUACCGGGGUGUCCCCGCUAUGCUUUGCUGGGGCUGUGCCUCUGGCUGUCACAAGAGCCUCAGGCUUUGCGUUGCUUCCUCCACCCCUCAGCUUCUUCCCGCACGGCUUCUUGUCAGGCAAGGUGGGGCCAAUGCCCCUUUCUGUAUCUCACUUUGUCUCCUAUCUCCUGCCAACCUCCCCCACCCUCUUCUCAUCUAGAAUGACACAGGCUACUCCCAAGCCCAGCAAACCCUAAGUGUUUCUGUCCCUCAGGAGUAAAAAGAGAAGUGACAUCACUGCAUGGACAAUGAGCAGAAGGAUCAGUAAAAGUUGCACUGACUGUGCCGUCUGUGGGGAGGGUGCAGUGUGACAUCACAGAGCCCUCUGGGCCGCGGAGGCCAGGACAGCUGUAGCCCUCAGACUUCAUGUGUUGCUGGAUUCAGGCGGGUGGGAGGAAUCUCACCUGGGCGUGCAAGUGGUGACAGAGACUCUGACAACAGAGGCCAGGCCUCCUGAGAAACAGCAGGCACUUGACUGUUCCCUCCACCUUUGCCAGACAGCUGUGAUUCAUCUUUUGAAGGUGGGAGUAAAACCAGGGUCAGUUGUAACACAUCUGUAUUGAUCUUUUUGGAGAGAAAUUUGAAUGAAAGAGAGAGGGAAGCCUCAGGGGAAUAAAUAAAACGCUUGUGUUCC